GUCAGAAUCCCCGCAUUGCGUAAUGAGCAAGCGUUGAUUACAAAUCUAUCCAAUCUACCUAUCACUUUUCGCGUGGACGCUGGGCGAGAAUUUCAAUUUAAAGUCGCUCAUGCAUUAGCUGUAGAAAAUAAUAUUGUUUCACAUUUUUGCAUAGGAGCUCAGACUCUCCGGAGAUAAGCUCAGCACUGUGACACUGCAAUGCAGAGUAAAUGAACCACACUCGGUUGGAGUGCUUCCUACUCCCUGCGACUUUUGCAAGUUUUGGCUUGUAGUAGGGACGAAAAGGUCUAAUCUGUGAAAAAGAGCAAGCUGACCUAACAUUUUCUUAGAUUUAAUCAAGAUGGCUGCGAACGAGUGCAUGUAUUUCUAUGAGGAUGAAGUGUACCGAAUCACGAAGAGAGGCAAUCUGGAGUUCGGAAUGGUGCUUCAGAAUGCAGAUGUCGAUACAGAUGAAGAGGAAUCAGGCUCUGAAGAAAUGGAAAAACUAAAGAAUGGUCACAUACUAGUGGCUUGGCAUCCAAGGGGUGAAGAGGAUGUCAUCCAUGAGAAGAAGGUGGGUCUCUCGGACCGGUGUCUGAUGCCUGGGGACAUCGUCCGCCGUCUGGUUCCCGGUCAGGACACACAACGUGGCUACUGCCGCACAAUCACCAUGAAGGCCACAGUGCAGGUGGUGGGCACGCGACAGGUCAUCUACAACGUAUCCAGUGAUGAACUGAUUCCUCUGGAGGAGUUCGCGCCCGACAUCGCCGUCUGUAUGGACGCCUGGGUGGGAAUCAUCAACUCGGUGACUUCGGAGGUGGAGCUGCAGUUUCCCGACGGAUCCACCUGCCUGCUCACUGACGACGAGGCAGCCGAGCUCGACGAUCCGUCGGGACGACGACUCACGGACUCUGAGUUUCGCGUGUGGUUCUACCCGGGUCAGAAGCUACUGGGACCGAUGAAGGCUUUCCAGAACGCCGUCUGGACCUCUUGCUACAAGGACACACAGGCGCUCAAAGAGUGGCGCAAUAAACGAGUCAAGGUGACGGUGACCAAGUACCACGUGACUUCUCUGAACGUCCACUGGCAGUGUCGUGCCGUCACGGCUGAGGGUAGUCUCGACCAGCCGUCCUAUGUCAUCACCGGAGACGAUCUCAAACGGGUACGAAUGCUCAACACAUUCGAGCCGUGCACUCUCCAGCUGGGUGACAUGAACACCUACAAACUCCGGGAGAAUGACAUCAUCAUGACGCUAGACGAGUGGAAGAGACUGGAGAAGAGUGCCAUUAGGACGGGCAGGAGGGUUCAGCCCGGCGCGGCGCACUCGAAACCAGCGGCCGCGGCGACGGCGGCGGCGGUGGCGGCGACUGGUGGGGCUGCGGCCAACCCAGCUACAUCAACAGCAUCUACUGCGUCCGCGGGGGCAGCUGCAGCGGGGGCGAUGGCCGCUCCGGCGGCGCCUGAGGCCUCCGCCAGCCCCCCAGAGGCAGCGGCAGCGGCUCUGACGAACGGCACAGAACAGGACGACGAGAUGGGCAGUGUCAGCAGCUACAGCAGCGUCGGAUCGGCCGGUAAGCGCACCCGCCGAGGUCUCAGCCUGAAGACGCACGUCAUGAAGAAACGCAAGCUGAAGCGCUCGCGGCCCUGUCGUCAGCCAACGUACGAGACACGCUCCUUCUCUCCGGGCGAUACACUGGUGGUGGAAACCGUGAAGACGGUGUCGUGGGUCACUGUCGUCUGGCAGGACGGCUCAGUGGAGGAGGACAUACCGUCCGUCAGUCUGCAUCCGUCCCACCAUCUGGACGAGCACGAGUUCUUCCCAGGCGACUACGUGGUCGAACAGAAGACCGAAGUGGGCCCGGCAGAGUACGGCGUGGUGCAGCAUGUGGACCACGCCGGGCGGACGGCGCUCGUCAACUGGUACCAGAUCUACCUGUUUGGCAGCGACGCCAGUCCUCAACUACUGCGUCAAACCGAAGCCUCUGUGUACGACCUAUCCGACCACCCGGACUUCCGCUACCGGCCCGGUACGGUGGUGGUCAGCGUAUCACCGAAAAACAGAGUCAUCACGGAUACUGACGGAGAGGAGAGCAGAGAGAGUGGCGGAGGGGAUGGAGCGAGGGAGGUUACGCUAGCCCACUGCGGUUCAAACGGACCUGCGGCGGGCGGCGGCGACCCAGCUCCUCCAGCCCCCGCAGCUCCAUCAGCACCCUCAGCACCGUCAGCUCCAUCAGCUCCCUCAGCACCGUCAGCUCCGGCAGCUGAAAAUACUACCGAGGAUACAGCGGCGCCGCCGGGCUGCGGCCAUGCCGGGCAGGUGCUCGAUGUGCUGACAUCUGGCGAGGUGAAGGUGUGGUGGGCGAACGGCACCACGUCCAACUGCUACCCGCAGGACCUAUUUAGGGUUGGCGAGUAUGACUCGGAUGAGGGCGAGCUGUGGGACAACCACGACUCUGCCGACUCCACCGAGUCACAGUGGGAGACUCAGUCCGAGGAGUCAAUGGUCGCCGGAGAUGAACCCAACUCGGAGCAGGCAGAGACGCCCCUGAACGAACGUCUGAAACCCCGCCUGGCCGCCAUCAUUGAGAAAAUCCGGGUGACGAUGUCUCGACUGGAGGAGAUCUUUACUCAAAACUCUGCUCUUCAGAGUCCGCUCAUCAUGCGCCAACUGCUGGACAUCUAUAAAAACUCCAGGUGUUUGGACAAACUCAUGGACACCACUUUCUUCGACGAGUCGCACUUUGGUGGUCUCGUGAGUCAGAUUCGUGAGCGCUCCAAGGCGUUCGCAGCCCAGCGGGAGAGCGCCGCGUCCUGCCGGCUGGCCGAUGGUGGCGACGCCAGCGGCGACUCGGCGAACCAACCGGCCACCGGCGCAUCUGUACCCGGCGGCGCCAGCGCCCUGGUGGAGUGUGGAGAGUUUUGUACCAUGGUCAAGGCGCAGCUACUACUUGCAUACGAGGAAGUAGUUCGUCGGUACGGCAUCUCUCUGAACAGCACUUCCGUGACUCUGGAGUCGGCCACCAGUCCGGCCGGCGACGACUCGGGAAUCAACGGGGACCUGAGGACGGAAGAUGGUACUGAGGAGACAGAGCCGGCCUCUGCUGACCACUCCAAGGAACCGUCCACCCCCGGCCCGACCACCGCCGCUGGCGACUCGGCGCCGCAUGUGCAAGAGUUCACCACUUUGCCGGCGGUUCCGGACGGUCACAAGUUCAAGGUCAGCCUGUUCCAGCCGGUGGGCGUGGACAGUCACACGUUUAUGAAGGCGGUAAGACGUGAGAUCCGACUGCUCACACGCUCACUGCCCGACGGCAUCAUCGUCAAAGGAUACGAGGAGCGCAUGGACCUCUAUUCUGUGAUGAUCACCGGUCCCCGUCGCACGCCGUACGAGGACGGUCUGUUCUUCUUUGAAGUGCAGCUGUCUCCCGAGUACCCGCGCACACCACCUGUGUUCCACUACAUCAGUUACUGCUCGGACCGACUGAAUCCGAACCUGUACGAGGACGGAAAGGUGUGCGUCUCGCUGCUCGGCACGUGGGGAGGACGCGGCUCAGAGGUGUGGUCAUCAUCCUCCAGCCUCAUGCAGGUGCUCGUCUCCAUACAGGGACUGAUUCUGGUCGCUGAACCCUACUACAAUGAGGCUGGAUACGAGAAACAGCGCGGCUCACAGCAAGGUGCCGAAAACAGUCGGCUCUACAAUGAAAUGGUGAUCCUGAAGCUGGUGCAGUCGCUGACGGCCAUUCUGCGGAACGCACCCUCCGUGUUUGAAGAGGAGGUGGCCGAACACAUGAGGACACGAGCGCACAAACUGAUCGCCCGUCUGCGCCACUGGCUCAGUGUCUCCGAGGCCGCCACUGCCGCCGGCGGAGCCACACCAACCACUGAUGGAGUGGCGCCCAGUGAGUUUGACCGUCCCGACUUCCCGCUGCUGCCGGCGUCUCGUGGUUUCGGUAUCACACUGAGGAAGACCCUGCAGACCUUUGAGAAGGCUCUGGAGGAAUGCGGCGUAGAGGACACCGCUCCAGCCAAUGAAAAAUCUACCACCCCCUCCACCACCCCGGCCGCAGCCCCCUCUGGAGCCUCCACCUCCAACCCAACCACCACAGAUAACCCCACCAGCUAGCCAAGACGAUACUAGACUCCAUAUCUUCAAUUCCGCGGCGUAAGUCUGUGGGCCGACCGUGCGGCCGCUCAUCAGACUUAACGCCGCUGCCAUGCUCCGUUUUGCCAGCUUUAGAUCGGCUCGUACGCUCGGCUAUGAUGGUUUUGGAGGUUCAUAUGGCCUCGGAUGAAGUAAAAGGCUGAGUGAUGAAAGCUGAUUCAAGAAGGGCGAUUGCGUCUUGCCGGUGCAUUGUUGCGUUCAAGCAGCCCUAACUUGGUGGGUGCGCGGCUAAGACGGAGCGCUAUUUGAGGUGUUUUCUUGGAUUGUGAGUUUGUGAAGGAUUCACUGUUGAUACAGAAAACGUGUGAUCUGUGGCUGGCUGCCUUGUGUUGGAAAGGACGCUCACGUGGCGAGGAAGGCAGAGGAACGAUUUUGUUGGUCUGGCGACUGCCCGCCCUAAGGACACUUCAUCACGGGCAAGAACCCAAAUGAGUUAGCUGGUCUGGUGACCGGCUACCCUAAGAACACUUCGUCGUAGGCAAGAACAAAAGAGAAGUCGAGAAGAGCUUGGGAGGAAGGUCAGAAAUAGGCCGGAGAAGGCCGUUUGUCAUGAGUUUGCGGCUUCGUGUCGCACUACCGAACACGACGCAAGAUCGGUCGAAACAUGAGCUGAUGCCACAGGUUAGUGAUUCACAGGCAGGGCAGGCACUUGCCAGGACAACUCCGCAGUGUACUGUAGUAUUAAUCCACAUUUGUUUCGUUAUAUUAUACGUUUUCAACUAUUUGGCUUCUGGUAUAUUGCACUGCAAUGAAGUACAGACAUUGCAAAGACCGACGUACGCGCGAUGUGCGAUGCGUGUAUCUAUAAACUUAAACGUCGAUCGUAAGUCGCUCUUGCCGCCGAUUUGGUGUCCCGUUACCCAUUCUUUGGCGUGCUAUGGAUUGUGUGAACGAUUGACUGCUUGUGUUUGCAAUGAAGUUUGUGGAAAAGUCGCUGGGAUUGUGAAAAAUACUGGUCGCGUUGUCGUCAGUCGGUGGGUGCGGCCAUGUCUUAAACGUGCAUAAAGAAUAAAUCUGUCAAGCUUG